AUGAGCUUAAAAAAACGUGUUGGCGGUACAGCUCUUGGGGCCACACCCGCUGUGGUGGGAGAUGAUCGAAAGAAGACCACUGCUCACGCAUUAUUAGAAACUUUGGCAGUGCCCGCGGCCGCAGCACUGGACAAGAUGCUCGACAUGCUCGGUAAUCUGUCGGAACGAACGUUCGGGAUGAAAUCCUCAAAGUUUGAGCAAGUUGACCGUCAAAGGAAGAAAUCUUCAGUGUCGAACAUUUUUGGUUCAGCUUUGGGAGCAGGGAAGGGUACUUACCUCCAGGUAUCGGAGCGUACUCCUCCUCACAAGCACUCAUUGAAUGUCUCGCCGGACCCCUUCUUUGGUGCCCGACGACCAUCUUUUGCUAGAAACAUAGUUGUUACACCAGCCCAAGACCGUGGUGACUACGUGAUGAAUGCAGGACCAGCCAUCGAAGUGAAGGACGCACUGCUGUCGCUGAACCCAGAAGUGGGUGCACCUGGUCCGACGUGUUUCCACAAAUAUCAAGUAACCAUGGGUGUACAUGACGGUCGUCAGCGCAAAUUGGCGUUACAGCCAUUCGAUGGAAUGGAACUCUACCAUGGCCUAAUUAGUGCUUUUAUAGAGCGGGACAAGGAGUUGGGACGUCAAGUUAAUUUCACCGAGCGCGUGUGUGGUUUUGUUUACCCUUAA